AUGGCUUCCACGCUGUCCAACGCCUUCUCCCGGCUGUCCCUCCGCGCAGCUUCAAGCCCAUCCUCGAUCGCUUCGUCCUCUCGGACACCUUUCCGCACAGCAAUCGCUCAACACCUUCCUGCGCGCUCCUUCUCUUCUUCACCUCGCGCUUCAACUUCCUUGAACCAGGCUAUCCGAGGCGCCCGCCAACCCACACCCACGUACUCUUCCUCUCCCCUUCUGCAAGACUGCUUUCAAAAACGCGGCGUCAUCUCCAAGGUCUACACCACCAAGCCCAAAAAGCCCAAUUCGGCCGUCCGGAAGGUGUGCCGUGUCAAGCUCUCGACGGGGAAGAGUACGAUUGCGUAUAUACCUGGAGAAGGGCAUAAUUUGCAGGAACAUGGUGUGGUUCUGAUACGAGGUGGACGGACGAAGGAUCUGCCUGGUGUGAGAUACAAGGUGGUGAGGGGUGCGCUGGAUGCUAGUGGGGUUGCGGGACGGACAAAGUCGAGAUCGAAAUAUGGAGUCAAGAUGCCCAAGACGGCAUAG